AUGAAUCGAGAUAUCAGUCCACCUCCCUCGAAACGACGCAAGGUCGCGACAAACACAGCGGCGUCUCCCGGGCAAACGGCGCCUGCAAGCACGCCCGCAUCUCCAACGCCCCUCCCACCUCUCGACUCAAACACAUUACGCAUCUUCUCCUGGAAUAUCGAUGGUAUUUCUCCGUUCCUACAAAAGCCAAUCACGGAAUUCUUCAUUCCCAAAUCGAAAACGGCACUCAGGGACGACGCAAAGAACGCCCGACCAGCAGCCUCCCUAAGAGGUUUCCUCCACAGACACCAAUGGCCGUCCAUCCUCUUCCUCCAAGAAGUGAAGAUCGCGCACACAGAUGAAAAAACGCAAGACGCAGUCAAGAAAGCAGUAAAAUCACCCCUACCAGAAGAAGAAGGAACUCCCCAUAAUAAGCGCCCACUAUACCACGUCCACUUCACCCUCCCCACCGACCUCCACAACGCCCGCGGCCCCAAACGCAGCGGCAAAAUCUACGGCGUAUGCAGCCUCAUCCGACGCGACCUCUACAUCCCCUACAAAAUCGCCCUCCGCACCGUAGACUGGGACGCCGAAGGCCGCAUCUCCGUCGUAGAACUCCGCUCGAAAAGCAGCACAGCCAAACUCGCCAUCUUCAACAUCUACGCCGUCAACGGAACGGAAAACGCGUAUCGAGACCCGCAGACAGGUGCGUUCAAAGUUAACCGCGCGGAUUUCCACGAUAAGCUGCUGGGAGGGGGUGGGAAGGCGAAGGAGCCGUUUGAUGGUGUUGAUAGGAAGGAAAUGGGGGAGUAG